AAACUUAUUAAAUAGAUUCUGUGCAAAUGAAUGACAAAGCAAUUAAUGCCUCUACGCAAGCAAACAGUGAAUAUCAUCAUCAUCAUCUUCGCGACUGAAUUGCUUCUGACAGUUUCAUCCGAAGUUUCCGGGAACCAAUCGGCUGGAGCGGGAUGCUUCGACGACGAAACUCUGUUUGAAAAUAUCGAUGGACAACGUUUAUGCGUGACUGUAAUCUUGAAUAACAGAUCUGUGUACUUGGACGAAGCUCGGUUGAAAUGCACGGGCGGUCAUGAUGAUAACCUGCCAGUGUUUGUGAACCAACAAGAUGCGAAUAAGUUCACGACUCAGUUUGUCUCUCAAAUACAGAUUGGGGACUCCAACGGGUUUUUCGUCGACUAUCAGGCUGUGUCAGCCACGCGGAGAAAUGACUUUGACGUGGAGUUUCGCUGCUUGAGGCCAACAUCCACAGUGAAUAAGGCUAGCGACAAGAAGCACUACAUCGAGUACUAUGAAAACUCAGAAGAAAAAAAUCCAAGUGGGCAGAAUUUGUGCGAGGAGCUGGAGGGUGACGAUGGCAAGAGUGAAGUGGACAGGAUGUUCGAAGUCUUCAACGAGAAGACGAGGGACCACAUUCUGAUGCACGCAGACAGUGCAGUGACGGGCCAAAAGGUCAAUAGGGCGAUUAUGAAGGCGGUGGAUGAGGAGAAAACGGCACGUUACACUGUCUGUAUGAGGUGGUUAGCUGAGUUCCAAUGCGAUGUGCCUCCCGAAGUUGAAACAGCUGAGGCCACUCCCUUUCUGGACGGAGAGAAGAGAUUCCACUUCAACGGCACUUUUUGCCUCAUGUUCGAGUGCUCAAAAGACAAUGUGCAGGAUCCCCACAGAACUGUCUGCACUUCGGAACAGGACUGCUUAGCCGCUGACAGAGAGGAGAAGUGUUUGUUGUACAUACCAGGAGACGCGGACAUAAAACCACAACCGGUCCCCUAUAUUCCUCCUAGAGAGUCUCAAUCUUCAGUGCUGUCCAAGUCGACAAUUUGGGUGGUAAUAGGCGGGGCCCUAUUGGUGCUACUUCUCUUUUUAAUCCUCGUAGUUUACCUUGUCAACAUCAACACUGAAGGCGAAUCAGCCAGCAUGAAUCCAGCUAGAAACGUGUUCGAGUACUGGCGCAAUCGCCAGAGUUUUCAGAACCAAGAAAUAGACCACGAACCCAUAGAGACAGCAUACUCGGCUUACUCGAUUUGCGACGAAAACUCGACGUCCGAUUCAGUGUCUAUGCAGUUCGUGACUAAUUACAGCGACAACUUGAGACGAACAGCCUCAACGGGGGCGUCGAUAGUUGGCGGAGGGUCGCACGGGUACCCCCCAACCGACUAUUCCAGUCCUCCCAGUCAAGCUUCGUCAACGAAUAAUGUUACAGGGGAGCCCCCACCCAUGUAUGAUGAGUUUUACAGACGUGCACAACAGAGGAUAAACUCAACUAACUCAAUUAACUCAGCUGGCGAAAUGGCGCCUGCUUAUACCAGUAGACCAGUGUCAGCCGCCUCCAGCUUCCUCAGUCUAAAGAUGGGUGGUGGGGGGCUGAGUGGACCACACAGUGCGGGGGGAUCCCAGUUCGCAAGUAUAUCUGAUAUGAACAAUCAACUGCAUCAACAGGACUCGACGUGCCAGAUAUUACCAGCCAGAGGAAGAAACCUGAGCGGAAAGAAAGUCAAGUUCCAGGCUCAUCCCAAUCCGCCUUAUUCGGGGCCCAAAUUAAGGCAUGCAUCCGAUAUGGACCCUAGAACUGCACGUAGGGUGCAAGGAGCAGGAUUACCAAAUCUUUCUAGUUCUGCGGGAGGUUCUAUGAUGAAAAACACACUUGCCACCCACCAGAAUCAGCCCAGUAGUUCUAAGUCACCGGGGCACUCUUCGAAAGAGUUGAAACCAGCGCUGAGGGUACGUCAUCGGUCUGCGGAGCAGAGUAGAACUAUGGGUCAAUUUGGUCCAACGAUAGCACCCGGAACGGUUGGUGGAGCUUUGCCUGCUAUCCAGCCGCCUCCGCAACAUCCGGGAUCCCGGCUCCUGAGGAACUCCAGCAACGGAAGUGGUGGAAACUUGUUGACAGGAAGCAGCACAAAUAGUAUUCUAGAUGAAAUAUCUGGCGGUGCUAGUACUCACAAAGACGAAAGCUUGUCCAAACGAAAUUUAGCGAACGAUGAGCGAAAAUCAGCGCCUCGUUUGGCCAUUGAUACAUCUGUGAGACAGCGUCAUGUCUCGGCCGAUCAGCCUGCAUUGGGACGCAAUCGCAAAGAUAGUGAUAUGAUAGGUCUUCUUGAUGACCAGAGUCCGAUGAUUUUGACCCCUGGAAGCGAUGGUAAUAGCAAAAAUAUCACAGUCAACCCUUUCUUAUUUACGAAAGACCGAAAAUCAGCAUCAGAUUUCAAUUCUGAUAGACAAAAUGGGCAAUCGGCUGAAGGAACCUUAAAUGUAAGCAAUGUUUCAUCUUCCACGAAUGCUUUAACUGUUCGCAGUCCAUCUGAGCUGAACCCGCCGAUGUUUCAAUCAGCAUCCAAACAUCAGCGUUUCUCAGAUCAAGACCUGACCGAAAAUAAUCCCAGUUUGACAAAUUCUGCAAUACGUCCAAGGUCUAAAAGCGUGACUGACCAAAACCGCCAGCUAAAUACUCCCUCUUCGUCGAGUGUGAAUGGAAAUUUGGAAAAAGCUGAUUCAGGGUCGGGAGUAGUAGGGUACAAAGUGGGAAAUGUUAUAGGAAGCGCUUCCGGUAGCAAAACUAGUGUUGCCUCUAUAGAAAAAGGCGCACCCCAUUUGCCCAAACAAGGCUCCAUAAAUGCUUCCUAUGAAGACGAAUCAAUAUGCUAGCCAUCAAACUUGUUCUGGAAAGGUGUUAUUUAUGUAAAAUUAUUUUUGAUAAAUUUGAAUCAUUUCACCAAAAAAAAAACUUUUGUAAGAUAUUAUCCUAUAUCGAAAAUGUGAUUCUGUUGAUUUAACUUCAAAUUACGGCAGUUUGUCUUGGACUUAUGGGUGUUUUUGAGGAAAAUUGCCUAAUGGAAACAUUUCCGACAAGAAAAUCAAAGCAGAAUUAGAACGAGUAAGAGUAUUUAAUUCUAAUGCAUCGUCUGAGUUUUUUUUGGAGUGUUCGGUUUCCUUUUUGGUACUAUUUUACUUGUUUGGUCCCGUGAGAAAACUAGUUUAGAUGAUUGGUCCAGCCGAUUCUUAAAAACAAAAUAAAGCGAGAGAUUCGAACCUACGCCUUGGGGUUGGUAACCGAAUUCGUACCGACUAAACUGAAUAUUCCAGCUCUGUUGACAACAUAGAGAAUUAAAAUGCUCAGUGGGAGAUUUAAUCCAAAUACUGUACCUCUGUUGCUAUUAGGGACCACGGCAUUUUUGCGUAACCAAACAAAUAAACCAGUACUUCAUUUUUUUCAAUAUAGGGAAUUUUUUUAGGAGCACCCGAUUAAUUUCAAUCGACCUAAAUGAUGUGGUAGUUUCAAAGUAAUUCAUUUAUGGAUAUACGCGUUACCUGGCUUGUUGUCCAACGUCUGUUCCUUUUGUUAAUUAGUUAAAUAAAAGUUAAUCAAUCAAA